AUGGGGCCAACUCUGCUUUUGCUGCUGCUGCUGCUGUGGGGAGCCAGGGGUGGGGCCGAGGCGGGAGCUGGGAGUCCAGGCAAGAAGACCCUAAGCCUGGCGGGGGACCUGGUUCUGGGCGGGUUGUUCCCGGUGCACCAGAAGGGAGUCCCGGGGGCUGGGGGGAACGGGGAGUGCGGCGGCCCUGUGAACGAACAGCGCGGUGUGCAGCGCCUGGAAGCCAUGCUCUUCGCCCUGGACCGCAUCAACAGUGACCCGAGGCUGCUACCCGGCGUGCGGCUGGGCGCGCACAUCCUCGACAGCUGUUCCACCGACACGCACGCACUAGAACAGGCUCUGGACUUCGUGCGCGCCUCCCUCAGCCGCGGCGCCCCAGGCUCCCGCCACGUGUGCCCCGACGGCUCCUACGCCAUCCACGGCGAGCCGCCCACAGCCAUCACCGGCGUCAUCGGCGGCUCCUACAGCGACGUCUCUAUCCAGGUCGCCAACCUCCUCCGGCUUUUCCAGAUCCCACAGAUCAGCUAUGCAUCAACCAGUGCUAAGCUCAGCGACAAGUCCCGUUAUGAUUACUUUGCUCGCACCGUUCCACCAGACUUCUACCAGGCCAAGGCCAUGGCUGAGAUCCUCCGCUUCUUCAACUGGACCUACGUAUCAACUGUGGCUUCCGAGGGGGACUACGGGGAGACUGGCAUUGAGGCCUUUGAGCUGGAGGCCCGCGCCCGCAACAUCUGUGUGGCCACCUCAGAGAAGGUGGGCCGGGCCAUGAGCCGGGCUGCCUUUGAGGGUGUGGUUCGGGCCCUGUUGCAGAAGCCCAGUGCCCGAGUGGCUGUUGUAUUUGCUCGCUCUGAGGAUGCCCGUGAACUUUUGGCAGCUGCCCAACGCCUCAAUGCCUCCUUCACCUGGGUGGCCAGUGAUGGUUGGGGUGCCCUGGAAAGUGUGGUAGCGGGCAGUGAAGGAGCAGCAGAGGGUGCCCUCACCAUUGAGCUGGCCUCCUACCCCAUCAGUGACUUUGCCACCUAUUUUCGGGCCCUUGACCCAUGGAACAACAGUAGAAACCCUUGGUUUAGAGAAUUCUGGGAGCAGAAGUUUGGGUGUAGCUUCCGCCGGCGGGACUGUGGGGCCCACUCACUCAAGACAGGGCCCUUUGAGCAGGAGUCCAAAAUUAUGUUUGUGGUCAAUGCUGUGUAUGCUAUGGCCCACAGCCUGCACAACAUGCACCAAGCCUUGUGCCCCAACACCACUCAUCUCUGUGAUGCCAUGCGCCCUGUCAAUGGGAAGCGGCUCUACAAAGACUUCAUGCUCAAUGUCAAGUUUGAUGCACCUUUCCGACCGGCUGACACCCACAACGAGGUGCGUUUCGACCGCUUUGGCGAUGGCAUCGGCCGAUACAAUAUCUUCACCUACCUGCGCGGAGGCAGUGGACGCUACCGAUACCGAAAGGUCGGCUAUUGGGCUGAGGGCCUGAGUCUGGACACCAGCCUCAUCCCAUGGGCCUCAACCCAAGGCACCGCCCUUCCUGCCUCCCGAUGCAGUGAACCCUGCCUGAAGAAUGAGAUGAAGAGCGUCCAGCCCGGUGAUGUCUGCUGCUGGCUCUGCAUUCCGUGCCAGCCCUAUGAGUAUCUGAAGGAUGAGUUCACCUGCACCGAUUGUGGGUUGGGUUACUGGCCCAACGCCAGCCUGUCUGGGUGCUUUGAGCUGCCCCAAGAGUACAUCCGCUGGGGAGAUGCUUGGGCCUUGGGGCCAGUCACAAUCUCCUGCUUGGGCUUCCUCGCCACCCUCUUUGUCCUGGGCGUCUUUGUCCGCCACAAUGGGACACCUGUGGUCAAAGCCUCAGGCCGGGAGCUCUGCUACAUCCUUCUGGCCGGUGUCCUGCUCUGUUAUUCCAUGACUUUCGUAUUCAUUGCCAAGCCCUCCACGGCAGUAUGCGCCCUCCGACGACUUGGCUUGGGCACUGCCUUUUCCGUCUGCUAUUCGGCCCUGCUCACCAAGACCAACCGCAUCGCGCGCAUCUUUGGUGGCGGCGCCCGAGACGGAGCCCGGCGCCCGCGUUUCAUAAGUCCUGCUUCCCAGGUGGCCAUCUGUCUGGCCCUCAUCUCGGGCCAGCUGCUCAUUGUGACCAUCUGGCUGCUGGUGGAGGCUCCGGGCACGGGCAAGGAGACUGGGCCCGAGAGAAGGGAGGUGGUGACCCUGCGCUGCAACCAUCGGGACUCCAGUAUGCUGGCUUCUCUCGCCUACAAUGUGCUGCUCAUUGCGCUCUGCACCCUCUAUGCCUUCAAGACCCGCAAGUGUCCAGAGAACUUUAACGAGGCCAAAUUCAUCGGCUUCACCAUGUACACCACCUGCAUCAUCUGGCUGGCCUUUCUGCCCAUCUUCUAUGUGACCUCCAGUGACUACAGGGUGCAGACCACAACCAUGUGUGUGUCUGUCAGCCUCAGUGGCUCCGUUGUUCUAGGCUGCCUCUUUACCCCAAAACUUCACAUCAUCCUCUUCCAGCCACAGAAGAACGUAGUCAGUCACCGAGCUCCCACCAGCCGCUUCAGUGUCACAGCUGCUGGCUCCAGCAUCUCCCAUGGCUCUGGAUCCCAGUUUGUCCCUACAGUAUGUAAUGGCCGGGAGGUGGUGGACUCCACAACUUCAUCACUCUGA